AUGUCGGGCUCUGGCUCCAAGUUGCCUCGAUGCUCCACGACACCACCACGUCCUAGGAUCCGCAACGACAAUGAGGGCUGCCGCGAGUUCAUUGUGCAGCACAUGAAGGAGGCCAGGGUGAUAGUGCGUUACCCUGUGCUUAGGAGCAGCAACUACAUCGAAUGGUCACUCCUGAUGAAGGUAAACAUGCAGGCUCAAGGUGUUUGCGAUGCUAUCAAACCCGGCGGCGUGGAGUACCGGAUUGAUAGGAUGGCAUUGUCAGCCAUCCUCCAAGCGGUGCUACCGGAAAUGUUGGCGACAUUGGCAGUGAAGAACUCCGCGAAGGAGGCGUGGGAGACCAUGUGCACAAUGCGCAUGGGCGUUGAGCAUGUGCGUGAGGCAAAGGCGCAGUCUCUACGUAAGGAGUUCAAGUUGAUUUGCAUGAAGGAAGGCGAGUCUGUGGAUGAUUUCACCAUGCGGCUGACGGGCCUCGUCAACAACAUCCGUACCUCAGCCAGCAUGAUGGAAGAUGAGGCGAUGGUCAAGAAAUUCCUUCAUGUGGUUCCCUCCAAGUACACCCAGGUGGCCAUCUCCAUCGAGCAGCUGAUCGAUUUAAAGACACUAUCAGUUGAGGAGCUCACCAGCCGUCUCAAGUCUGUGGAGGAAAGGUAUGAAAUUAAUAACAAUGAAGCUGAAGCCGGGGGUGGUCGCUUGCUUCUUACAGAGGAAGAAUGGAGAGCACGCAUAAAGAAGAGCAACAAGAAGAAGAGCACUUUUGACAAGGCCAAGGCAUACUGCUACAAUUGCCAAGAGUAUGGCCACUACUCUUGGGAAAAGAAAUGUCCUGUGUCCAAGAAGGAGAAAGAGGCGCUGCUUGCCAUGGCAGACGCCGAUGAAGAGCCGAUGCUACUUUGA